AUGAAACCCGAGUCCUCGGUGCGAGGUAGCAACAACAACAAUGACCGACUGGAAAUUGACCUUACUGUCCACAACAAUUUCACUCCACAGCUGCAGACACUUUUAACGAAACAGAAAGGAAUAAAGAUCUCAGUCGCGUUCUCAAAUGCAAGGCUCAGAGUGCUAAUCGAUCCGUCUGAUACAGCGAGUACGUUCAUCAGUCGUGACGCAUAUGAUCGCUAUCUCGCCGGCCGUGAGCUCAGCAAUGCGCCUCGAUUCCCAGUACUGGAUGGAUAUGUACCUCAAGAAAAGGUGCUGAACACGGCGCUUUAUGGGGCGUCGUUUCGUGCUGUCACCGACGACAGCGACAACGACAGCAGCGAGAAGGGCGCGGCGGAUCUCACUGCCAAGGUGGUCGAUCGCGGAAAGCAGGCAGAGUCGAAUGAGAAUAGCAUGCUCGAAAUCAAAAACUACGAUCCAGAUGCAGCGAUUCGCAGUAUCUCCGGACUCUUCGGUCAAGGGGCCGGUGGAAACCCCGCCGAUAGCACAAUGACGACCACGCCCACGACCUCGACCGCGACGGUUGUGGAAACGAAGAAAUCAAGUUCAAAUUUGCAGUCAUGCGCAGAACUGCUCAAGUCAUCGAUUUCCGACGGCGAAUGGACACCAAUCGUCAAGAUGCCCAAGCAGAGGGAGAAAGAGGGGCAACAGCAGCAGCAACGACAGGAAAAGCAGCCUCUGACUGAGCAGCCUGAUUUGGCUAAUCAGACUACGCAUACUACGAGCAAAAGCAACCUGCUUUCCAAUCUGCCAAUUAAGCUUGGCCCCUCCUAUAGCAAAGUGGCGCGGCAGAGCAUCAACACCAGUGGGAUACCGGGAGCGACUACGAUUACUCCCACUAGUACGGAAGCAGGCGGUGAAGCUGAAUCUUACAAGUUGGUUGCUAGGAAGCCCAAGGUGGCGUCCUUGGAUUCAUUGAUGAGCAAUGACCGCGAUAAAGAACAGUCAGACCGACCCGGGUCCGGAGCCAAGAGUUAUGGUUCUGUAGCUUCUGCUGCACAAUCCAAGUCUGAACGUCGCCCGCUACAGUCAUUUUCGUGGGCUGCAGUAGCCGCCGGAACUGCAGAGAACAGACAGAUAGUCGCGGAUACAUCGGCUUCAAGUGUUACUCCAGUCGGAGAAGAGAAUUCGCCUGAUAAAGUGAUGUCGGACCCUCUGCCGCAAGGUCACGUAGCUGAUCCAAAGUCUGAGGUUGACCGAUCGACGGCUACAUAUGAGAAAUGGCAGGACUCAUGGCGUCAGGUGUCUUGGGAGGACGACGCUGGAGAUGAUUUUAUUCCAAUGCUUCCGGAAUUUGAAGUCUCGGCUGAGACUAGUUCCAUACUAAAUAAAGAUGAUGUGUCAGUUGAAGAUGAUGCAGCAGCUGAUGCCGAGCAGGUUCAGGAGGAAGUUAUUAUUGAGAAAGAGGAAAAGGCGGACGACGCCGUGACUCUGACUGAAGAGGGUAGCGAGAAAGGGACAAUCACUGUCAGUCUUGGAAAGGUCUCGCCUGAGGGUUCCGCCGAUGAUGAAGCAAAGUCGACGCCUGAAGAAGACAAGUCAAUGCCUGAAGAAGACAAGACUAAACCGGGUCAUGAGCUUAAGAGUAUUCCUUCACCGAUCGACCUAGAAGAGCCAAUAAAGAUGGCGACUGCUGCUGAUUCAGCUCUGGGAGUCUCAGCGGAAGCUAUUGUGGACGAGUUACUGUUAGAGAGUAGUAAACUGCACUCUGAGCAAACGAUGACUAGAUCCGAGGCAGAGGCGGCCGAGACAGAUUUAGUGACGGAUACAAUUAAGAAGCUUGCAAGAGGGCUUCCUUUGCCGCCAGCGGGCGACAUGUCGUUGAUUCUCCAACAGGAAGAUGAUGAAGGAAGGUUGACUGGUCGAAAUGAGACGAAUUGGAAACAGCUUUCAUCAGUGUUUCGUCCUGUGCAUAUGAAGAUCAGCUGGGGAAGGGAGGUUGCGAUUCCGCUCUUUUUCAACAAUACAUAUACGACGGUCAAUGCGUAUGUGGUCGAAGAGCUGAUUCCUGGUAAGGGUAAUGCAGGGUUUGAUUUGAUCCUCGGCCGAGAGUUUUUACGAGUGAAUCCUACGCUGUGGCAGCACUAUGAGGAAGAUAGCGGAUGGACAUGCCCGACGACCGAGAGUGAUUUGACAGCCGCCACGUUUCUUGAGAAUGAUUUGGUGAAGUAUCCGCAGUUUAAGUAUUACGACGAGGAAGCAUACAAGGGCCGACGAUGGACAGAAGCUCGGACGUUAUACUGUUUUAUUCACGGAUAUAAAUCCAAGAGAGAUAAAGAAAUUAAGACGGGAGAAUCUCCGAUAUUUGGGCCUAACAAGACGGAAUCGACGCAGAAUGUAACGAGGCCCGAUAUAAUGGCUGGUUUUGCGGUUUUCUUUUCCCGAGGAUCGGUAUACAAUUCAUUUGGGUGCUCGGGGUAUGAGUUCGAGGAUGCGGAUACUACAUUGGCUUUAAUGCAGGCGCUUGUCCAGGUAAUGUCAGCGGCGAAGCUGCCGCAGCGACUAGUGAUCUACACGCGAUCGACGAUGCUCUGUCAACGGUUUUCUAAACUGCCAGAGUUGGUGCGCUCGCGGUUCUACGUGAAGGGAGAGAAGAUUCCGGGGCAGAGUAUGUGGGAAACAAUCCAUGGGUCUGUGAACACGCUCCGGCAGCUUGGGGUGGUGUCUGUGGAUUUGGCGUGCAUGAGGGGGAAGAAACCGCCGAUUGCGGUUAAGAAUGGCUUACAGGCCGCAGAGAGGUUGGCAAGAACUGCAGCGCAGAAGAUGGUUUGCUAUCCGCUGGAAGCAGAGGCUAUUCCUAGCGGAUUUGACUUUUCAAAGAGCGCGACGGCGUGCAGGCUAGAAGAUUUCGAGAGAAUGAUAAAGAGUAAGACGGAGGAAGAGACGGACGGAGAGGGAGCAGAUAGGAGAGAGAGGGCGCCACCGACGUAUACGAUUGAGGAAGUGGAGGACGCAAAGACAGGGGCGAAGAAAGUGAUUGUGAGUGGGGAUGUUGAUCCUGUGUUGGACGCGUACCGACGGUUGACAGGAGACUGGGAGUUUGACGAGGCAGUGAUAGAGCGUAUGGGAGGACUUUGUAUGCAGAAUUCUCUGUCCAGCUCGUAUAUGACGUGCACGACGGGGAAGACGCUGGAGCAGGUGUAUAGGGAGAUGUAG